AUGGCGCUUAACACUCCACCCCUUGCAGAGGUAUUGGAGUUGCUUGGCAACCAAAAGCACUUGCAGCGCGAGAAAGGACUAUAUAAUUUGUCUGUUUUCCUGAAGGGAGAAGGCGCGAAGCAAAGUGCUGUGGAAACAGGAUUACUGGGGCUUUUGGCUCAGCAGGCAUGGGAGAAGAAACUCGGUGGCCUCAUGGGUGCCAAGGUUUAUGUGGACAUGACGCAAGCCGAUGAACCCUUCCUAGAGCAGUUACGGCUAGCGGCAAUGGAGCUGCUGGAGGAUAGCGAGGCACUUGCACGGCGCCAGGGUAUGGCCAUAGUGGAGGCUUGCCUACCCCAGGUGCUGGAGAGCAUCAGCAAGAAUUUUGACCGCGCUGAGGACGCGGACGAGGAGGCGGAAGGCCCCGACGGCCAGCGGCUCCGCACAGCCCCGAUGGUGGAUUUCGUCACGGAGUCCCCUGCACUGCCCGGAUCCCCUGUGGAGCGACCCUCAUCGCCGUUUAUGAUGGCGGCCAGGGAGGAAACGGAGGCGGAGACAACGGGGGAGCUGUCAGGUCCUGGUCCUGCAGCUGAGAUGAAGGCGCAGGAAGUGAUGCAGCCGGCUCAGCUAGAGGAAGCAAAUGGAUGGCGACAGGGGGGGGAGCUGCCAUCCCAACUGGAAGGGAGCAGCGACGCUGGCUGUGGCGUAAGCCGCGUCGGGGCCAGUAGCGGGCAGAGGGACUUGCAGGUCAGCCGGUCCACAGAGUCCAGCGGCAGCGGCGGGAGCCUGGUCACCAUGCUGCUGCAGAGCACGUACCGCAAGGUCCGGCCCGGUCAUGGCGAGAUGCGUCACGCCACCGAAGGCUGGAAGUGUCUGGAAACUAGCAUGAAGGCGCUGCAGGCUCUCGUGGAGGGAUGUGGCCCCGCCAUAGGGCCUCUUUUGGACGGGCCACUACGGGAGCUGCUGUACAAGGCUUUGCACCACCCCAACAGGUUCGUUCGCGAGACGGGUCACCUGACCAUGUGCACCGUGUGUGAGGCGCUGCGGGGUCCCCGCCUGGCCGCCAUCUCGGGCCAGGUGGCGGAGCGACUGGCGGACGGUAUGGGAGACAACUGGAGCCAGGUCCGCUACGCGGCCUGCGUAUCUACCCGGUCCCUGCUGGAAUGGUUGGAAGAGGGGGAGGAGCGCGAGGCGCUGAUGCCGGUGUUGCUGCCACCCAUGUGCCUCAACAGGUACUACGUGGCUGAGGGUGUGCGGCUGUACGCUCAGGAGACAUGGCGGCGGGUGAUGGGGGACGGCGGGCGCGCUGCGGUGGCCCGGCACAUUAACUUUGUGGUGGCGCACUACAUAUUGCAGUCAAGAGCCAAUAACCACGCCGUAAGGGAGGCAGCGUGCGCCUGCAUUGCGGAGCUCAUGGAAAAGGUGGACCGAGCCGCAGUAUCCCCUCACGUACCCGCUCUAUUCCGCUCGCUGGUGGUAUGCUUCAAGGACAUGAGCUGGCCGGUACGAGACGCAGCAUGCAUCGCAGCGGGAAGAGCCGUUCUGGCGUACCCUGAGGAGAUGCGGCAUCUGGCGGGAGAGAUGCUGGGGUUGUGGCUGGCGCACCUGGCGGACAACAUUCCCACCGUGAGGGCCAACAGCGCAGUAGCUCUGGCUAAGGCGCUUCGUGCCUACGGUGACGAUGUCCUCCCUGCAUUGCUUGCCGCCCUGGACGACAUGCUGCUCCGGGCACGGGAGCAACCUGCGGAGAGCACCAAGUACUCGGGGUUGAGCAACGAGACAAGGUUUGGGGUGGCAGCGCGCAAGGCUCGUGACAAUGACCGGCAGGCGAGUGACUGGGAUGGGGGUUGGCAACUGGGGCGGCAACGGCCGCCGGCGCGAGGCUUGAGUUUCAUGGAAGCUUGUGGGCGGGCAAUUGCAGGGGGUGUGGGACGAUUUUAUUUGUUCAUGACUAUGUGGGUUCACUCGGACCAGGAGAUGUUCAGUUGUGGCUCCCUUAUGGCCCGCUUCUCCACCUCGUACCUUAUCCGUAGCGACGGAUGCAUGGACCAUGGAUUCAGCAGGGACAAGGAGCCCUGGGAGGUGUCAGAUGGCGCAGUGCACCUUCUUCGCGAGUUGGCGGCAGUGCGGCCGCAAGCAGUGGCAGAUGCGCAUCUGGAAGCCCUGGUGGAGCUGGGCAGCCUGGGCACCUUCCAGCACGCCUUUAACCUGCAUGAGACAGUGUGGCGCUCGCUCAAGGCAAUCGGGGAAGCAAUCGGGAAGCCCCGUUUCAAGCGCCAUCUGCGGCAGCUGUUGGUGCCGCUGCUGGCAGACUGCCGGUGCGGGCACCAGCUGGCGGAAGCUGCGGCGCAGCAAUGCUUGGAGGCGCUGAGAGCUUGGGUGGGACCCGGCAUCUUUGCGGGACAUCAACCCAGACUGCCGCAUGCAUGCGAGGGGUUUUGUAAUAUGCAUCGGGAAGCAACCGUCUAUUUGGCCAUGUUUCCUACGUCCCCCAUGGCUGUGGCGAAAGCACAAACCGUGCAGAAGCAAUUAUGCAGUAUUAGCUCCCGCUUAUUCCCAUCAUCACUGCCUGUCAUAAGGUGGUCUUGCGCAGUCGCGGGGCUGUUACCUCACGUGCUCACCUUCACCAUAGACUCUGUGGCGACCUCGGGCAAGAAAUAUGGGCACGGGUCGCCGUCACUUCAAGGUCUAAAAGGUUUACGGUGCGUUGGGGAUUCCAAAAAGCGCAAGUCAACAUUUUGUGAUAAGUAG